CCCACCUACAGAAAAGCUUCACACCACGCGACGCACCCUGUUCAAGAUCUUCUGUCGUGGUGAUGUUGUAAUCGCUCCUUCUCACAAAAUUGACGAUCUCGAAUCUGGAAGCAGCAACAAACAACAACAUCAAACUCUCACCUAACACGUCAAACCAAGCAACAUGAUGACAUCUACCGAACAAGUUCAGGUCUCAGGAACAAACCCCAAGCGCCUUGGAAGCAGGGCCGGCUCGAACAACAGCGGGAUGGAAUCGUCCAUUUUCAAGUUCAAGAACGUCAACUUUGUUGCCGGCAAGGGUGACAAACAAAAGCAUUUGCUUCAGGACGUCAGCGGAACGGUCAAGUUUGGACGUGUCCUUGCCGUCAUGGGCCCAUCCGGAGCUGGCAAAACGACUUUGAUCAGUGCCCUUACUUUGGAUGCCCACUAUGGUACUCCAUCUGGAGCUGUCACCCUCAAUGGUGUCGCUCUUACUGAUAAAUUGUUCAAAAGACACUGCUAUGUGGUCAAACAACAUGACAAGCACUGGCCUUAUCUCACCUGCAGGGAGACUCUUCAGUAUGCUGCUGAACUGUAUCAAGUCGCAGACAGGAGCAACAUUCCAGCUGUUGUCGAGGAGACAAUUCAGAAGAUGGGAUUGGCAGUUUGUGCUGAUACUCGAUGUGCUCGCCUUAGUGGUGGGCAAGCUCGCCGCCUCUCCAUCGGCAUGGCCCUAUUGAAGCAGCCUACAGUGCUUUUCUUGGAUGAGCCAACAUCUGGAUUGGAUGCUGCUGCUGCUGACAACAUCAUGCAGGAGAUCGUCCGUGUUGCCAAGGAUGAGCGGUUGAUCAUCAUGUGCUCAAUCCACCAGCCCAGCUCCAAGGUGUACCAAGGCUUUGACCAGUUGAUGAUUCUGUCCCGUGGCAGGGAGGCCUACUCUGGUGACUUGAUUGAUGCUCCUCCAUACUUUGAAAGUAUUGGCGCCCCUGUUCCCUCCCAGAUGAAUCCAGCAGAGCACUACUUGGAUUUGGUGAACUCGGACUUCAGUUCCGAAGAAGAGGUUGUCAAGCUCCUAGAUACCUGGGAAGAAAGAGCUCCAAACCAGCAAAGCUCGCACGGACCGGCUAACAAUGACGAAGGUCAAGACGGAGUCACUGGGGGUCUCCGCCGAAACUUUUUCGAUGAUCUUCAGAUCAUGUUCCGCCGUCACUUCAAAUUGAUUAUCAGAGACCCUGUGCUCUACGUUGGAAGGAUGGUGAUGAUCCUGAUUUCGAACUUGGUCUUUGCCUUCGUUUACUGGAAUGCCCGCGACUACCUGCAAUCACAAGUACCCAACAAACAUUUCAUAAACAUCUGGUUUGUGGCAGUUGCAUCCAACAUGGGUGUGGUAGCCGUGUACGCCCUGAACGAUGAAUUCAAGUCGAUCCUCCGCGAGACGAAGAACGGCGGGUUGAAUCCAUUCGCUUAUGUGGUUGCCAAGUCCAUUAUGGUGGUUCCUGUGCUGUGGGUCAUGAGCAUCUUUGCCCUCGCGAUCCCGGGAUUGCUGGUUCAAGAUCAGCCAAAGGACGUCUUCCUUCAAGCAUCACUUCUAUGGACAGUCAUCAUGUUCUGCUUUGAGUGUUUGGCCGAAUGCCUGUCAGUCUGGGUCGAAGAUCAAAUCUUUGGAAUGCUUCAGUUCAUGAACUUCUGGUUCAUGUGUUUCCUAUUCUCUGGCAACUUCAUUGAGUCCACCAUCCUCUACUACCCGUUCGAACUCUUCUACCACAUCCUUCCCUUCUCCUACUACAUCCGAAGCUGCACAUACCUCAACCUCCACGAUGCAACCUGGGACCAAUGCACCGGUGGCCCGGCAAUCGGACAGGCCAUCUGUGUUGAAUCUGGUGAUCCCACGGAAGUCCUCGAUAGCUUGAGCAACAUCUAUGGCGUCGUCGAUUCCGAAGACCACGUCGCUAGAGACAUGCUCGUCAUUUUUGGUAUCGGUAUGAUUUUCAAGAUCUUGUACGUUGUUGGGGUCUGGGUCAAGACCAGCAAGGUUGCCACCAUCAAAUCCAACUAAGAAAACCUAUAUGCGCACAAGUGACCCCCAGCAGAGACCUGAACAUUGCAUUUGGUUGGAUGUCUUGUUCUGUUUCGUUUGUCUACGAUCGCCGGACGCUAAGAGAAAAAAGCCCCGGAGCUGGGCACUGAACCUUUCCUUUUGGUUCAAUCUAUGUUACACAUUCACAAAGCAAUGCAUGUAGUACAAUCUCAUCAAAGACUAUUAGAACAAUCUAUCGAC